AUGCCACCGUCUUUUCUGGAAACUCCUGAUCUUCCAAUGGAAAUGAUAAUGAAUAACUUGGGAUAUCCUUCAAUAAUUUUGGGUAAAACAAGUGACGGAUACAAAGAUAAAACUGUGGAAAACUUGAUCUAUCUGGAUGCCGUUUUUCAUGAUUUCAAAGUUGCCCUAAACACUCAAAACUCACCAUUCGAGUUAAUCACUGUAUCCCCAAGAACCUUUUUUGAAAAACUCGAGGAAAGUAUGAAGUCUCAAAAACCAAUAGCAACUGAACGUAUGGAAAUCUACGAGGAAUCUCUGGAACACGCCCGUCAAAUCAUACAGAAUGCGGACCCAAAGCAUCUCAAAUCAAUCGGCAUCUGUCGGCCGGAGUCCAUGAUCUUUAUUCGUGAGGAUGUGAAAUUUGAAUCGUCGAAAAACAUUCAGAACUUCUCUCAUUUUGCUACUGCUUCCAUUCAGUUAGAGAAUCUAAACGUGGAGACAAUUCGAGCGAUAAAAAGGAACUAUCUUCAAUUCCAUGAGUACGAUAAGCACUUGUACGUGUCCAAUAAUGUCGUCGAGAACAUGUUCAUAGACGCUUUUGGGACAACUUUCAAACCGGAUGAAGAGUGGGACGAAAAUGGUGAAGAGUUGGACCUAAAUUGGUUUUUCAGUGUUCCUGAAAACGAAGAAAAAGUCCUUACCGUGUUGAAAAGACACGAUAGUUUUGAGUUCAGCUUUAUUAAAAAAUGUUCUGUUCCAGAAGGUUAUGUGAUUCGUGAUUGA